CUAUUCAAUGAAGGUAAUCAGCCUAAUCUUGACCACUAUUCUAACUUCUACUAUAGUAUCAAAUAUUGAUUUCGGGUGUGAAGUGUACUUCAUCCCAGUAACAACCAACUUAGUGGCGUUUUACGAGAAAACUGCAAGUUUCCAGGUUACUGUGUACCCGCUGCCCGAGAACUGUGCAAACAUAGACCGGAACAAUAUAACUUGGGUCAAACUUGAUGGCUCUCUACCGAUAAGCAGAAUAGAAAUGAGCUACGAUCAGGAGGACACUUUAGCUACACUUAAAAUGAGAGCCCUUGAAGAAUCUGACUUGGGAGUUUACAGGUGCGAGGUAAACUACAAAGGAACCCUUUACUCGAGUGAAAACAUCGCCCUGGAUCUCCGAACAAAGCCGGAGGUAAUUCCUCUAGAGACUACAGUAACAGCAGUGUUAGGACUAAGUGUAACUCUUAGUGUCACUGUAAAAGCAGAUCCCCCUGCCACUCCGGACCAGAUUACUUGGGAUACCCUGAGAGUGGUAUGGGACGAUCAAAGAUUUCUAGUCAGUGAGGAUAAAACGUCUCUUGCUAUAAACGAUGUUUCCAAACUUGAUGGCGAAGGGUAUUUUAGCUGUGAAGUAAGGACUGAUUAUGCAAACGAUAGAGCUUACAUACGCGUUCUUGUAGUCGAAUUACCAAAGAUAACAACAGUAAAUGAAACUGUCAGCGUGUUCAGUAGUGAAAUUCUGACCUGCAUAGCUACCGGAGAUCCUCUUCCAGAGAUAUCCUGGAUUUUAUCAAAUAACACACGGGUCGGCGGAGAAGAGCUUGAGGUAACUGAAGCUGGAGAUUACAGAUGCGAAGCGACAAACUCUGCAGGGACAGAUACCAAGACAUUUGCCGUUCUUCUUGGAGAGUUACCAAAGAUCGAGGGAUUAAAGACGAAUCACUUUGUCAAGACGACUGGGGAUUGGAUCGAGAUAAUCUGUACAGCUACUGGAACCCCAUCCCCUGAAAUAUCAUGGAGUUUUAAAGGAAAAAGCGUGUCAAGCUCAGGACAGCUGAAUCUAACAGUGGUAUCUGAAAAUGAUCUAGGUGAUUACACUUGCACCGCUGAAAACUCAGGAGGGGAGGAUCUGGCAACAACAACAAUUGCACUUGCCGAGGAGCCUUUGAUUACUUUGACGCAGCAUUCUCUAAACGUAAGCUUGGGGGAAGACGUUCGAAUCAUUUGUUCCUCAGAAAGUCAACCUGCUGCAUCAAUAGAAUGGGACUUCAAAGAUGAAACAGUUUCCGGAGUGGGUACAUUAAGUAUCGAGAAUGUUAGCGAAAAUGACACAGGGGAUUACUCAUGUGUGGCUGAUAACGAAUUCUUUCGAGCGGAGAAGAUGUUCAGUCUCUUUGUUUACGAGGAACCUGAAAUUAAAGUAACGACGGAGAACGCAACGGUCACCAGAGGGGACCGGAUAGAACUGAAAUGUGAAGGGACUGGAAUACCCUUACCCGAGACAAUCUGGUACAAAGAUGAAGAGGAGUUAACUAAAACAAUAAGUGAUGAAAGCAGUUCAAGUCUCGUUACGAUCGAAUCAGCAAACCUAGAAGAUACGGGAAGAUUCAGUUGCAGCGGAGAGAAUAACUUUGGGAGUGACAGUGACUAUAUCGACAUCCUCAUACUCAGUAAACCCUUUUGGACUGAAGAAUUUGAACCACAGCUUCUAAAUGUAACAUCUGGAACUAUGAUUAACAUUCUCUGCAAAAUUGAUGGGUAUCCUGCUCCUGAACCAAAAGUCUACCUGACUAACAUAAACCGCAUUAAGCCUACCAAUGAACCUCCGCAAGCAGAUGAAAUAGAGAUUGAUGAAGGAGCAUUUCUCAUGGCACAAGAUAGCACGUAUUCAUUUUCCUGGUUGACCAACAAAAGUGUUGAAUCAGUUUUACUCCUGUGCAGAGGAGUAAAUGAGUUUGGAAGUCUGUCCGCGACACGAAUCUUGUACGUUCAUGAACCGUUCCACCUACAAGAAAACCUGACAUUAGAAAGGACGGUUUACAUAGAGACAAAAGGGUACGAAUUAGUUUGUCCUGUAGAGGGACACCCGGCACCUAGUGGCACGGUUUGGAGCUUACCUUCUGGUACCACCGUCACUACAGAGGGGCAGGAUCCUCUGGUAAUUGAAUCGUUUGGGUUUGCCGAUGAAGGGGAAUACGUUUGUACAGUGAAGAACGAAUGGGGAAUGACAAUGACUACAUCGACUAUCCUUUCUAUUGAUUACGAUAAGCCUAACGUGACGCUGGACUACAAGGAUGUACCUGUGGGUAAUGUGGGAAUAAUAACCUGUAUCGGACACGGACAGCCAGCUGUGAACCUCACUUUAUACCGGCAAGGGGAUAAAGUAAUGAAUGUUACUACUCAUUUAAAAUCUGAUUCUAGUUUGGGAGAAUACGUUGUGCUGACCUACACUUAUCUAAUGUCUGCAGAACUUGUCGGUAAUUGGAGCUGUAAAGCUAUCAAUGUGUUGGGGGAUGUAGAUGAAAGAGAGCUCCGGUUGCUAUUUUAUCGUGAAGCAGAGGUAGAGCUAUCGCCACCAGUAGAAAGAAACAGCAGAUAUAACGAAACUGAACCAACUGAUAUAUUUUGCAAUUCUACUGGGGUGCCUACACCGAUUGUGACAGUUCUGAUCAACGGUUUAAACUCAACCUCCGGCUCUAAUUCACCCGGAAUACUCGUAUAUAACCUUGGAGAAGGAAGUUAUCAGGUCAGAGUUAAAAACUCCCAGUUGGGAACUACCAGGAUUGAGUGCUCAGCGGAGAACAUUUGGGGAGGUGACAGGAAAACUACUAAUGUAGUUAACACAUAUUCGCUGUCUUGUUAUAAGUGUAUUACUAAGGUGUGCGCGUCCUCAAAUGCAGAUAUUUCUAUUGCUCAUAUCAUUGCAGUCUACCCGGAGCCAAGAUACAUUAAAUGGAACGUUACAACUAUCUCGGAAGUGUUGCCAAGUUUCCAAAACACAUCCAUUCAGAUAGACCCUGGCUUUGUGGAGUAUGAGGCUUUUAUCAGCUCGAUAACAUCGGAUACGAAAAGUGUCCACUUUGAAAUCGCAGACUCGAAAGACGGUACUCCGUUGUACGUUCAUACUGACCUCGAGAUUUAUGAGCCGAUAUCGGCGGUGUUAAUGGCUCCAUCGACCUCCCUAAGACCAGGAGACAACGUAACUAUUACUGCCUCCGUUACUGCCCAACCACUCCCUCAACUCAAGUGGUUCCUGAACAAACUGGAGAUAUCUUCCUCUACGAACAACGCAAUAGUGGGAAAGUCCAGACUGACCCUGGUCAACGUAGCUGGGGGAUCUAAACAUGUUGUAACAUUAGAGCUGGUCCCUGUCUCCUCGUGUCACACCGCUCGAUCUCAGUCGGUGAUCGUAACAGUUUUAGGAGACAGUCCGCCGAGGAUAUACGAUAUGCCACCUCUCAUUGAGAAAAGACAGGGUGAUAAGUUGGACCUAGUGUGUAGAGCUGCGGGUGAUCCGGAACCAACUGUGUCUUGGUACAAACAAUCUGACACACACUCUGAACUAAGGUUUAGUGCAGUUAAAGAGGUUUUGUUGAGAAUAGAAUCAAUGAGCAGCGGGGAUGCUGGAACUUGGGAAUGCAGGGCUACAAACAAUGCAGGUCAAACGGACAUCAGGUUUCUGAGACUGAUUCUGUCCCCGGAGCCUUCUAGUUCGUUGGGAUCGGAGUCAACUACGGAGAUAAUUCUCUCUUCGGUGCUGUCAGUUGUAUUUGUUGUGUUGGUUGGACCACUGUUGCUCGCUGUAUACUGUUUGAAGAGAAGGAGACAAAGACGGUUAAAAGUAGUGACCCCAAUGUCUGAGAGUGGUUUCAUUGAGCGGGGCUCUCUUGAGAAGGAGAUAAGGAAACUAGUAACUCCGGAGUACUACCACAAUUCUGCAGCGGAUACAGUAGAAGAUAGUGGUAACGAAGACACCAACACCCCUAACCCUGCACUUUACGUAAACCCAGACACUUCAAACAAACUCCCGCCUCUCCCUAGACGAUGCAAUUCUGCUCAAACCGUCAGGUCACGCGGAGAUGACAAUACCAGGGUUCAAAGUGCAUCGCCUUCAUGCUCCACUCCAGCCAACGACAAUAACUGUAACACCGUAGAUCAUGCUGACAGAAAGUUCAGCAUCAUAGCUCAACGAGGGAGUUUCUGAUUCUGCUCCUUUAUAAAGACACCCAGCAACCCUUUACCCAUUGACAAUUAUUCAAACUAUGACGGUUCACGAAAAGAUCAGAAUUUAUUGGGACCAGGAUUACUUUUUAAACUUUUAAAUUGCUAUCCAGCAAUACAUCCGUUUAACUAUUUUUAAUUACUACCGUAAAAUGUUCAGAACAUUUUGCGCUACAGUUUAUAUUGUAAAGGUUCCGUUGGAAUGAUUGGUUUAUGACUAUGUUGGGUAGCGAAUGUUAUAGUACUUAUAGUGAUAGUGAAAUUACCAAUUGAAGUGAAUUGUGAAAUACCUAUUUGUUCUCAAUAUUGAUAUUAUGAUAUAAUAUGCUUGCGGAGGAGAAACGCUUGCGGAGGAGAAACACAUGCAGCAUGUUAACAUCGUGUUUACAAGAUUACAUUUUACAUGAUCACACUGGGCUCCUAAGCAAAAGAAAUUAUGAGCAAAAAAUGUAUUUUACUUCAAUUUUUUAUUAAAUGAAUUUAAUU